AUGGCGUUUGGACCAAACCCUGUUCGUGCUGAUCAGAGCAUCCCCCGGGAGGAGGUGCAGCCGCAGCCGCAGCCGCAACCUUUGCUGUCCGGAGACGCUGGUAAAAAGGACAAGCCUCCCCCACACACCAGGCUGCAACUACUGGCUCGCAGCUCUCUGCAACGUCUAUCAUUUGCGCAUCGAAAAGCAGACCUGCCUCAGCAACAACACCAUCACCAAUCUCCAAGACAGACACACCGGCAACAAAACAAGAUGUCGGACCGGCAGAGCCUCGAGUCAAACGGUGACAAUUGUGCCAUGCGGGAAAUUGAACGCGGCCCGCCGGGAGACAGGAAACAGAACGCGAGGUCGAGAAUGUCCCAGGUUGACGUACUGGCCUCGAAGCGGCGGAGUACCUUUUUUGAAGACACCUUUGCUGCGUCAAAAGGAGAGAAGAGCAGUGCCAAGGCGGCCACUGCCAUGACCGAGAGGAUUCGGAGCGAAGCUAUCGUCAUGGCUGAGGUCAAGACUAAUGUCAUUCUCAGUGACGAAUUCACAUUUAUAACAGAGUUGUCAUACAACCUCUCGCUGCGCUACCAGCGACCAGUGUCCAGCAUCGUGGUGUCGGUGCAGCACGGGGCAUGCAUGAUGUACGGCGGGACGUUUGAGCCGGCGUACAGCUUGACGAUAUUUGCCCUGCCGUCGCAGCUGCGCCCGACGACCAACAAGCGCAACGCCGUCAUGAUUCAGAUGCACAUGGACGAGGUCCUGGGCGUGCCUUCGUCUCGCGGCAUCGUUCGCUUCGUGCCCAUGCCUGAAGACAACGUCGCUGUCAGCGGACGGACGAUCGGUUCCGAGAUCACGGAGCUGGCUAGGGAGGCGGGUAUUGAUCUCAUCGACGACGACGAGGGUGAACUUUCAAAGAGGAGAAGCGUGAAGCUCAAGAACCGACUAAGCGUCAGAAAAUCUUUCAGCAACUUCAAGGACCACAGCAGAAGCGGCUCCCGGGAACUCACACCGCCGACGAGCGCAUCGGACCAUGCACCGGCGGUUCCGCCGCUGCCGUCGCCGCCGCUCGAGUCCGGCUAUACUCACGAAGGCGGUCGUGACAGGCCCGGCCCGGGACCAAACGACCCUAUGCCAGUGAGGAAGACAAGAAGGCGGAAGAGCUUCGUCGCGAGCAUCUUUGGGUGGCCCAAAGAGGAUACUAACCGACCACCGAUACCGCUUUAA